CCGUGGGGCCGUGGGGCCGUCCCUCCCUCCGUCCGCCGGUCCCACUGCCGAUCCCUCCGCCGGUCCCGUCCCGCGCCAUGAGCUCCACGCAGUUCAACAAGGGCCCGUCCUACGGGCUCUCGGCCGAGGUCAAGAACCGGCUCCUGUCCAAAUACGACCCCCAGAAGGAAGCCGAACUCCGAAGCUGGAUAGAGGGGCUCACGGGCCUCUCCAUUGGCCCCGACUUCCAGAAGGGUCUGAAAGAUGGGGUCAUCCUAUGCACACUCAUGAACAAGUUGCAGCCAGGCUCCGUUCCCAAAAUCAACCGCUCUAUGCAGAACUGGCACCAGCUAGAAAACCUCUCCAACUUCAUCAAGGGCAUGGUCAGCUACGGCAUGAACCCCGUGGACCUGUUUGAAGCCAACGACCUGUUCGAGAGCGGGAACAUGACUCAGGUUCAAGUGUCUCUGCUGGCGCUGGCCGGAAAGGCCAAGACCAAAGGACUGCAGAGUGGGGUGGACAUCGGGGUCAAAUAUUCGGAGAAACAGGAGAGAAACUUUGACGACGCCACCAUGAAGGCCGGCCAGUGCGUCAUUGGGCUGCAGAUGGGCACCAACAAGUGUGCCAGCCAGUCCGGCAUGACAGCCUACGGGACCAGAAGGCAUCUCUAUGACCCCAAGAACCACAUCCUGCCUCCCAUGGACCACUGCACCAUCAGCCUCCAGAUGGGUACCAACAAGUGUGCCAGCCAGGUGGGCAUGACGGCCCCAGGGACACGGAGACACAUCUACGACACCAAGCUGGGCACCGACAAGUGCGACAACUCUUCCAUGUCCCUGCAGAUGGGCUACACGCAGGGCGCCAACCAGAGCGGCCAGGUCUUCGGACUGGGCCGGCAGAUAUAUGACCCCAAGUAUUGCCCACAGGGCUCUGCGGCUGAUGGGGCUCCUGCGGGGGGUGACGGCCAAGGCGAGGCCCCUGAGUACCUGGCCUACUGCCAGGAGGAAACCGGCUACUGAACACCCAGGGUGCCCGUUCCCCGUCCACACCCCGGUGUGGGUUUGGGGGCUUUCAUUGUGUUUUGAAACUGGUCAUCUCUUUGUAUCUCUCUCUGGCCUGGAACUCACUGCAAUCCUCCUGCCUCAGCUUCCCGAGGGAGGGCUGGGAUGGCAGGUCAGUGCUAUCUAUGCUCCUUCCUCACCCACCGUACUCUGCUUCCUUCCCCAGGUGUCCUUGGUGGGACAGAGAGCCUGUGCAUUUCCCAGUGGGCUGUGGGAGAGGCUGGGCCCAAAGAGCCUCCGGUUCUUUCAUCUCUUUCAUAUCAGUUUGUGGUUUGUGAGCCCACGGAAAUUGCAGAAAGUUUCAAUGGAAGAAAAACAUGGGGUUUUGUGGGGGUUUUCACCCAAAAGUAUUGGGGUACACUGGGCUUUAAGAUACUGCAGGUAUUCCCGAGGGACUAAAUUUGCUUUCCCAAGACUGUCAGACUUUACCCUCCUGUGCCCAGUGGGGAAACUGAGGCAAAACAGAUGUGACCCCAACACCUGCAGCCCUCCCUCACUCCUCUGGAUUUUGAAGGUCUCAGUUCCCCAUGCGUCCCUUCACAGGCCCGAUUAGCUGUGCUAGGGCCUCAGCCUCCAAAAGUGCUGCACGUGACCCACAGCGGGCCCCUGUGCUGCCGGAUAAUGUGAAAUUCCCCGUGUGGACCAAAAAAAUAAAAAAUAAAAACAACAAAAACCUCC